UCGCGGGGCUCGAGGUGCCUGGCGCGUGCUGGUGCUCAGAUUUAUGACAAAGUUCAGUUUCCAACAAUGUUGAAAUCAAAUGAUUGCUUGUUUCCUGUGGAUAGUUUGUUUUUCAAAAACCCAUUGCAGGAUGAAAACUUUUCAGACAAUGGAAAAUCUAUGGAUUGGUUUCUCCCUCCUGCUCCAUUGAUUUCAGAAAUUCCAGAUACUCAGAAAUUAGAGGAAGAGAUAGAAAGUCAUAAACUACUAGGUCAAGAAAAGAGACCAAAAGUGUUAACAUCAAAUUUAAAGAUUACUGAUGAAGACACAAGUUAUGUUUCACGAAUACAAAAAUUGCAAUUUCCCUCUAAUAAAUAUGAAGAUAAUUUAAAUUUAGGAGGAAUGGGUAACCAUGACUUAUCACAUGUCACUGGAAAGCUGACCUAUGGUUUUUCUCAGAAAUAUAAAAAUUACGUGAGUACUGAAAUUGCACCUGAGAAAAAUGUUCCUGAGGACUCCAAAUCAGUCAGCAUUGUGGACGAUAAAGGAGAGAGUUCACUGGCCUUCCGAAAAAGAUUAUUUAAAAUAUGUGACAAUAUCCAUGGAAAUGUUUAUGCUAAUGACAGUGCAGACUUACAUUGUCACAUUGGCUCAGUGAAAACAAUGCAAACAGAAAUGAACAAAGAGAAAUCACGCAGUAACAAGCAGAAACCGCAAUAUUCUGCAAACACAUUUAUAGCAAGUGAUGUUUUUUUUGCUUCUGAAAUUGGGCAAGACAUCCUCAAGCUAUCAUCUUUUGCAGUUGCAUCACAGCCUCAUGAUAUUCAAGGGGUAACAAAAAAUGGCUUAGGUUCCUUGAAGGCUGUCACAGAAGUCCCGGCAAAAUUUAGAAGUAUUUUCAAAGAAUUCCCUUAUUUCAACUACAUACAGUCCAAAGCCUUUGAUGAUCUUCUUUACACAGAUAGGAAUUUUGUGAUUUGUGCUCCAACUGGUUCUGGGAAAACUGUAGUGUUUGAGCUAGCUAUAACGAGGUUGCUCAUGGAAGUACCAUUACCAUGGUUGAACAUUAAAAUUGUUUACAUGGCACCGAUAAAAGCCCUGUGUCAUCAGCGUUUUGAUGACUGGAAAGAAAAAUUUGGACCAAUAGGAUUAAACUGUAAAGAACUCACUGGAGAUACAGUAAUGGAUGACCUAUUUGAGAUUCAGCAUGCCAAUAUUAUUAUGACAACUCCAGAAAAAUGGGACUGCAUGACUAGGAAAUGGAGAGACAACUCUUUGGUCCAACUAGUUCGACUAUUUCUCAUUGAUGAGGUACAUGUUGUAAAGGAUGAACAUCGUGGUCCAACCCUUGAAGUUGUAGUUAGCAGAAUGAAAACUGUACAGUCUUUAUAUCACCCUUUACAAAAUACCAGCACUAUUAUUCCAAUGAGAUUUGUAGCUGUAUCUGCAACAAUUCCAAAUGCUGAGGAUAUUGCAGAAUGGCUUUCAGAUGGUGAAAGACCUGCUGUAUGCCUGAAAAUGGAUGAGAGCCAUAGACCUGUGAAACUUCACAAAGUGGUCCUUGGAUUUCCCUGCAGUAGUAACCAAACUGAAUAUAAGUUUGAUAUAACCCUCAAUUACAAAAUUGCAAGUGUUGUAAGAACAUAUUCUGAUCAGAAACCCACACUUGUGUUUUGUGCAACAAGGAAAGGUGUGCAGCAGGCUGCUUCUGUACUUAUGAAAGAUACUAAAUUUUUUAUGACUGUGGAACAGAAACAAAGGUUACAGAACUGUGCAUGUUCUAUAAGAGAUUCAAAACUGAGAGAUACCUUAAUACAUGGUAUUGCUUAUCAUCAUGCUGGUUUGGAGCUGUCAGAUAGAAAAGUAGUAGAAGAAGCAUUUAUUAUGGGAGAUAUACCAGUUCUUUUUACUACUAGUACUUUAGCUAUGGGAGUAAAUUUACCUGCUCACCUGGUAGUUAUAAAAUCUACAAUGCAUUAUGCUGGAGGAAUGUUUGAAGAGUACAGUGAAACAGAUAUUCUACAGAUGAUUGGUAGAGCUGGUCGUCCUCAGUUUGACACUACAGCUACUGCAGUUAUUAUGACCCGGUUAAGUACAAGAGAGAAGUACGUUCAGAUGUUAGCUUGUAAUGACACUAUAGAAAGCAGUUUGCACAGACAUCUUAUUGAACAUUUAAACGCAGAGAUAGCAUUGCAUACCAUCACAGAUGUGAAUGUCGCUUUGGAAUGGAUACGAUCAACCUUGCUUUAUAUCAGAGCCUUGAAAAAUCCAUCUCAUUAUGGUUUUACAUCUGGAUUGAACAAAGAUGGAAUUGAAGCAAAAUUACAAGAAUUAUGUUUGAAGAAUCUGAAUGAUUUAUCAUCCCUGGACUUGAUAAAGAUGGAUAAAGAUGUUAAUUUCAAACCAACAG